AUGGUCGGACCACAGCCCGGUCAGGAUGAAGCUAAAUCUCCUAGAUUCAGACCAUCGACCUGGAUGUGGAGGCUUAACGAGUCACUGCUCCGGGACCCUGAGGCUUUGGAGCUCUACAUCCGGGAAAAUGGCUCCGCACGGACAUCCCCGAUUUCAAUAUGGGAAGCUCACAAAAGCGUAAUCCGGGGUACGCUCAUCCGUAUCGCCUCGCAAAAGAGGAAGGCGGCCAUGCUGGAGAAGGCUGAACUGUAUAUGUCAAUCUCCAUGCUGGAACACCAACACAAACGAUCCCAGUUAAAUGAGAUCUACGGCGAACUGAUAAGAGCAGAGGCAAAAACUGAAGGCCCUCAUUAUGAGAACACCUCCGCUCAUUGCAGCACAAAAAGGGCUUUUACAAUUUGA